AUGUAUCAUUCAGGACUAUAUUUAUUUAAAUUAACAAGUGAUUCGUCAAAUGUAUUUUAUGAUUCACAUAAUCAUCGUCAUAGUACUUUGAGAAUUACUGGAUCAAAUACAAUUUAUUUAUCAUAUUAUGUUAACAUUGUUUGUAAAGAUAAAGAUGAUUGUGCUAAAGAUUUAGCAAUUAAAAUUUCAUCAGAAUUAUCACAACAACAAUUUAAUUUUUCUAAUAUUCUUAGGGAAUUAUCUCCAUAUCUAAUUGCUCCAUCAUUAUCGACACAGAUUCCUCAAUUAAAUUGUUAUAAUUCAAUGGGAAAGGAAGAAUCAUGCGUUAAAUAUCCGAAAAAUAGCUCAUGUUCUUUGGAAUAUCGAAUAAAAACCAAUAAAAUAACACAAUCAUGUCGAAUUGCUUCAUACGAAAAUCAAGUAUCUGUUACUAUGUAUAAAGAUCCGGACAUCGAAAAUUUUGAUAUUCUAUGUACUAGAAAUUUAUGUAAUACAAAAUCAACAUUAAAUGCAGUUAAAAGUAUUUUACACAGAUACAACAUUACGCUAACCACAUCAAAUGAACUAUCAAUUAGUUUAAGAUUUCAAAUCUCCAUUUUUCUUAUGAUAACCACGAUCAUUUUUGCGUUUUUUCAAAAAUAA